UGUGACACGCGCAAAAAAUAUAUAUGUGAAUUUUCCUCCUGUAUGAUACCACAGCCAAACCGAGAAAACAUUUUGUGAUGGUCCAACAAUGUAAUGGGUUUCCUGUGGUAAUGCCAUGAAGCGUCGAUUUACAAAAUGGCCGAAGGGAAAAUUGAGCGAGAAGUAGGACAAAAUGAAACACAGAAGUCAAGCAACCUUUGCUGCUAUUCACAGAGAGUUUGCUCUCUUGAAAAACUAAAAGGAUUCGACUUCUGUCACAAGCACAUUCUGGAAGACAAAGCUAGCCCAUUCAAGCCCUGUGAUUUUCUAGCGAAAUCUAAUGGAAAGAGGUGCACUAACCCCGCGCCUAAACUCCCCGACAAAGAAAAAAGCUAUUGUAUAAUACACACACGCAAAGCUGUACUGCGCAGAGCUGUGGAAAAGAGAAGGAAGCGACGUCAGCGUAAACAAAGACAAGAGGGAGAGGGUGAUUAUGGCGAGGACUACAACCGUGCCCCAGCCAAAAGGUGGCGGCAUUUGUCCAGUGCUAAGAGUACAGAUGAGCCUCAAAGCCAAGAUGAUGAUGAUGAUGAAGAGGAGGAUGAUGAUGGUGCCACUGAGAAAAACUCAUCAGAUGAGGACGUGGCAGGUGGGAUGGAAGGGAGUCUUAAGGUGGACAGUGCCUGGCACGGAGACGUAGAUAGUGAUGCAGAAUCUGUGGAUAGUGACGAUGGAGACAUUCUGAGACAUGCUGGAGUAUGGACUGUAGAUGAGGCUAUACGCUCAUGCUGUGACAAAAUGGUUCAGUUGAAGACCCUUUAUGUAGGCCAGUACACUAGGCUUAUACACGUCCUCCAGGAAAAGAGGCGCAAGUAUUACCAGCUCAUUCAGGCAGAGGAAGAUGAAGAGACAGGGGAGUGCCUUUUGAGCCCCACAGAAAUCCUUGGCCCCCUCCGUACACGUAGGAAGCAUGGCACUGAAGCUCUAUUGCACAAGCAGGCUAAAGAGAAGAGGCAGGGCUUUAGUGUCCGGCAUCACAAUCCAACUGCAAAUCAAUGUACCCAUAGUGUUGUGGGUAUACGCUGUUGUGAGAAAGUACUGCCUAUGACAAAGUUUUGUAUGAAACACAUUAUCCACGAUCCUCAGCAGUUACUUUUCCAGGGCUGUUCUUUCUUGUCGGGAGAUGGAGAACCAUGUAGUCAUAACGUGCCUAAAAUAUACCCCCACACCAUGUGUCGACUACAUGUGACUUUACCAGAACAACCAAUCAGAACCAACGUGGAAAAGGACCUGCAAGAUGCUAAGGACAGGGAUUGGUUACGCAUAGAAAAGCAGAAGGCAGACAGAGAAGCAAAACCACUGAGUGACCUCCCUGGCACUGAUGCAAUCAUAACAUCACCACAGAUCAAAGAUAAGGAGAUCCCGAUACCAAAGGCACUGCAGGAGAAGUCGAGUGCACUCCUUCCUCCUCCCCAACCAAAGUUAGAGGGGACUCCGCCUCCUCUCCCUUCUCAACAACCUGAUCAUCUACCAGAUCAGCAGUCCAGUGAUGCGGGUGAGAAAGAGUCUACCUGCUCCACGCAGGAGGCAUCUCUGAGUGGGAUACAAUCUUUUCAGCCCGCACCUAAAGAUGUCCUGAGUCCCGCGUCUGUGGAGUUUUCCCCUGGAAUACAAAAUAUUUCUCCAACACUGCUAGAAGCAAGUCUGGUAGCAGUUUGUAGCGGAUCUUCGGUCAUACCAAGCGUCAUAUCCACAAAGAAUGGCGAGAACGUCACCACUUCAGUUACAUCAGUGUCCGCGUCAUCAACUAGCGUAUCGGAAGCUACUAAGGAUAACCCCCCUGUCUGCAGUUCUACCGUGUCGCAAGCUGCUACUAAAGCAUCGGAGACGAAAAGCCCCAUGAAUACAAAUGGUUCAAAUACCGUGUUAGACGCCAUUAGCCCUAUGGAUACAAGCGAUUCUAAUACGAGAAGCUCAGCGGGGCCAACACCUGGGUGCAAUACUGCGGCGGUAGAUACUACUGCUCUUGAUCGCUUCCCGACCGCACUGAACACAAACCAGCCUUCAAAGAACUCCUCAGACGUCACAAAUCCAGACUUCCUCGAGAAUAACACAAGUAGACAACAAAACGUUUGAGGACGUUCCAAUGAUACGCGAACCAACCACUGAACCACAUGAUGCCAGCGCUACAGCCUCGACUGAUGAUACGAAUAUGGAGGUAGAUGAUGCAAAGAAUGCCUCGAAUGAGCCUCGAGGACAUGUCUUAGGGAACAACGAACACGCUAGGUAAAACAAGUUACACUUUAGCUUGUUUCAGCAUGGAUUCUAGGGCUCCGAGGGAUAUCUUCGAGUGAGAAGAAGACGUAAAGCAAAGUAAUUGACAGCAGAGCUUUCUUGGAUUCUCGUGCACCUGUGUCAAGGGACUUCUCGGUAGAAACUGUGAGACUGUUGUCAUCGGCCUCGCCCUAUCUCGUUGUAUUCAUUUGUUAUUUUACAUGGUGGACUUUGAGGCCUUCGUGUGUCGUUCUGUCAAAAUGAACCUGAAAUAUAGGAGAAUUUAAAGCUUUUUACUUAAGGUGACUAAUAAAUUUUUGCGUUCUAUUAUGUACCUCUAACACUGUUCAAGCUUUGCACUCUUCUAAGAGAAUAAUAUAGUAAACUGUUGAAAUCUAGGCUUUAUGAAUGAACUAUUAUAAAAAGUCUCCAUUAUGUGAGGGAUAAUAUCUAUGUAAAUCUCAACUACCUUCAUUAAAUUUUUGUGCUUUUCAA